AUGAAGAAAAGGAAGUCAAAUGCCGUUAAUGCCGCACAAGUAUUGGAAUCCCUGGUGUCGCCCAUUUUAGAAAUCAAUUAUUCAGACCCAUUAUUCACUUUAGCAGCUCAUCCUACAGAGCCAGUAUUGAUCUCAGGUCUAGUAACUGGACAUGUUUUCUGUCACAGAUAUGACGCUGAGGCUUUAGAAGAAAAGCAGUCUGCUAGAAGAGAACAACUUUUGCUCCAAGAAAAGGAAGCAUUCAAAAAAGGAAAAGUUAGUCAGAUUUCGAAGUCUGUUUCUCAGCUGAAGAACCCAUGGUGGACUAUAAUUAAAGACCACACGGAGGUACCACAAGAGAGUGGAGUUGUUGCUAGUUGGAAGACUAAGAGACACAAGGGCUCAUGUAGGCACGCUAUCUUUGAGCCUUUGGAAAGUUCCGUAGGCGAAAAUAUCUUCACUGUAGGCACUGACCAUAUAAUCAAAAAAGCCAGUAGUGAGACUGGAAAAGUCGUUGGUAAGGUAGAUGUUUCGCUCGAUUUCCCCAAUUCCAACGAUAGUAUUACUAAACUCUGUCAUUCUGCUACGAAUAGUUGUCUCUUAGCAGGAACUGAAAAUGGUCAUGUCCUUGUGUACGAUUCCAAGAACUUGGGUGGUAGUAAGUUGAAGUACAAAGUGUCUUCAGCUCACGAUGAUGCUGUAAAUCAUAUUCUUGCCAUGCCUGCUGUUUCUGCUUAUCACUAUUUGACCCUCGGAUCGACAACAUUGUCACAUAUCGAUAUUCGUAAGGGUAUUAUUACCCAAUCGGAUAACCAGGACGACGAGUUGCUUUCUAUGUGUUUUGCAACUGACCAAAUCAACGAUGGAAAGAACGAUACAGUGUUGGUAGGACAUGGUGAAGGUAUUGUGACAAUCUGGAAGAAUUCGAAGAACAGGUUUAUGGACCAGUUGACGAGAAUCAAAGUGAAUAAAGAAGCUUCUAUAGAUGCUAUUAUUCCUACCAUGAACUGUGACGAUGACGAAAUGGCCGCUUCUGUUUGGUGUGGAGACAGUGAAGGUUUGUUACAUAGAGUCAACUACAAAAAGGGUAAGGUUGUGGAGACAAGAGUGCACUCUUCUUCCAGAGGAAAGUAUGGCGCAGCAGACGAAGUCGGACUUUUGGAAAUAGACUAUGACUACAGACUUAUCAGUGCUGGUAUGGAAUCGUUGAAGAUAUGGUCAAAUGAACAGAAUGAAGAGAUCGCCCUAGAUGAAAGCGAUGAUAGUGAUGAUGAAAGUGAUAGCGACAAUAGUGAAGAUGAUUUGAGUUCUGGAAGUUUGAGUGAUACUGCCUCUGAUGAAGAAAUCGAAGAGAAUAAGGAAGAAGAGGAUGAGAAGGAAGAUAAACCUGUUAAAAUAGACCAUCCACUUGCCAACAGAUCCAAGAAAGGAUUGGUCGGCGUUAGCAAACAUGUUACCAAGAAGAAGCAAAUCGAUAUCAAUAAACUCACGAAGAAAGGAAAGGAAGAGGAAGAGGAAGAACAGCCUCAGAAAAAGAAGCCCAAGAAAGACCAAUUGAGUACCAAGCAGCUUCGAAACAUGCAGAAGCACGAGCAUGGCAUUCGUCGGUUCGACGACUUGUAA